AGGGAAUUUGUUUGCAUUAAAUGUUGCAGAUCUGAAAGCCGUUCAUAAACAGACUUUUUAGAGCGAGAUAGAGAGUGUGUUUAUGAGAGAGAUGAGGAUGGAUAUAAGUAUUUUGUAUCUAUAUACUCAAAGCUCAACAACAGUUCAAACCCUACUAUUUAUUGCCUCUUUUCCUUCUCUAUAAAUCAUUUUUAUUUCUUCAUCACUGUCACUCACAGUUCUCUCUUCCUGUUUUUCUUCAAAUUGUAUAUAUAUUUUUAACUAUAUAUUUUACAUGGGAUUUCACUUUUAAGUGUAUAGCAAGCUCCCUGAACAGCAGUUUUAUACCAGUAAAAAUUGAAGUGGCCGCAUGAUGGAUUUAUCAACGGCUAUGAUGGUUUUGGCAUUGGUGGCAGCAUAUUUUCUUUGGUUCAGAUCGAUUUCAAGGUCACUGAAAGGGCCUGCAGGCCCCCGAAUGUGGCCCGUCUUGGGAAGUUUACCGGGCUUAAUUGAGAACAACAGUCGCAUGCAUGAGUGGAUUGCCGACAACCUCCGGGCCUGCGGCGGCACUUACCAGACGUGUAUUUGUGCAAUUCCAUUUCUGGCCCGGAAGCAAGGGCUCGUGACAGUCACGUGCGAUCCCCAGAAUUUAGAACACAUUUUGAAGGUUAGGUUUGAUAAUUAUCCUAAGGGCCCCACAUGGCAAGCUGUGUUUCAUGAUCUCCUUGGGCAAGGGAUUUUCAACUCUGAUGGUGACACGUGGCUGUUUCAACGUAAGACUGCUGCACUUGAAUUCACCACCCGGACAUUGAGGCAAGCCAUGGCUCGAUGGGUGAGCCGAGCUAUUAAGAAUCGGUUCUGCCCGAUUCUUAAAACGGCUCAGCUUGACGGUAAGCAUGUUGAUUUACAAGAUUUAUUACUACGGCUCACUUUUGAUAACAUAUGUGGCUUGGCUUUCGGGAAGGACCCACAAACUCUAUCGCCGGGGCUACCUGACAAUAGCUUCGCUUUGGCUUUUGAUCGAGCCACUGAAGCGACUUUAUAUCGCUUUAUUUUACCCGAGUUUGUAUGGAAAUUGAAAAAGUGGCUUAGGCUUGGGAUGGAAGUCAGCUUGAGUCAGAGCGUUAAAGGCGUGGAAGAUUACAUGACAAAUGUCAUCAAUACACGUAAGCUCGAGUUGCUGAAUCAGCAGAAUGGUGGGUCCCAACAUGAUGAUUUGUUAUCUAGGUUCAUGAAGAAAAAAGAGUCGUACACUGACAAAUUUCUUCAAGAAGUUGCACUCAAUUUUAUUCUAGCCGGGCGUGACACCUCAUCGGUAGCGCUCAGUUGGUUCUUCUGGCUGGUUAGCCUAAACCCUCGAGUCGAAGAGAAAAUCUUGAUUGAACUUUGCUCGGUUCUGAUUGAAACUCGUGGUGACGACACUUCAAAAUGGGUUGAAGAACCUUUAAUAUUCGAAGAAGUUGACCGAUUGAUAUAUCUUAAAGCAGCAUUGUCAGAAACUCUAAGACUAUACCCUUCGGUGCCGGAGGAUUCCAAACAUGUCAUUGCCGAUGAUAUACUGCCGGAUGGAACAUUCGUACCUGCAGGGUCGAAUAUCACUUACUCAAUAUAUUCAACUGGUCGAAUGAAGUUCAUAUGGGGCGAUGACUGCUUAGAGUUUAAGCCAGAACGAUGGUUCUCCAAAGACGGAAAGAACUUUGAAGCUAAGGAUCAAUUUCAAUUCGUAGCCUUCAAUGCUGGUCCUAGGAUUUGUUUGGGUAAGGAUUUGGCAUAUUUGCAAAUGAAAUCAAUAGCGGCGGCAGUGUUACUCCGCCACCGACUCAUGGUAGCACCGGGACACAAGGUGGAGCAAAAAAUGUCAUUGACACUGUUCAUGAAGUAUGGUCUCAAAGUCAAUGUAUAUCCUAGGGAUUUGACUCCCAUACUGGAUAAAAUGUGCAAAGAAUCCAAUAUCGUGGAGUCGUGAAAAGGUGCGCCUAGUCGAUAAUAUUUCAACUAAAUAAUUGGGAGUUCGACUUGUGAAUAUGAUGCGUAUAGAAGUAUAAAACCCAGUAUCUAUAUCGAUGUUUCUUUGUGGGAGAGAUCUUAAGGACCAAUUAAAUCAGCUUAAAAGUGGCUGAUUAAUUUGGUUUGUAAGAUUGAUUAAUUGUGGCGUUCUCACAGUGUAGAAUGAACAAAGAAUAAGCAUAUCUAUUUCCGGUUCUAAGAUUAGUAGUUCCAACGAUCUAUUCGGUUAUUUCAAAUUGGAUCAUCAAAUAAUGUUCAACUUUUUCAA